CAAAACUCAGAAAUCUGAGAGCUCAAGCCUUCUCUCUCUCUCUCUCAGUACAGGAAAAUGGCAGAGGCUGGUAUUUCAGUAGAUCAUUUUUCUGUGGAUCAGUUCAGCUGUCCAGUGUGUCUGGAUCUCCUGAAGGAUCCUGUAGCUAUUCCCUGUGGACACAGUUACUGUAAGGUGUGUAUUAAUGGCUGCUGGGAUCAGGAGGAUGUGAAGGGCGUCUACAGCUGCCCCCAGUGCCGAGUGAGUUUCACCCCAAGGCCUGUUCUGUGCAGGAACAACAUGCUGGAUGAAGCGGUGGAGGAAUUGAAAAAGACUGAACUCCAAGCUGCUUCUCCUGCUCACUGUUACGCUGGACCUGGAGAUGUGGAGUGUGAUUCCUGCACUGGGAGAAAACGCAAAGCCACUAAUUCCUGUCUGGUGUGUCAGGCCUCCUUUUGUGAAGAUCAUCUUAAACCUCACUAUCAGUCUCCUGCCUUUAAGAAGCACAAGUUAGUUGAAGCCUGUGCAGAGCUCCAAGAGAAGAUCUGCUCUGAACACGACAAACUGAUCGAGAUCUUCUGUCGUACUGACCAAAGCUUCAUCUGUUAUUUGUGUACAGUGGAUGAACAUAAAGGUCAUGAUACAGUUUCAACUGAAGCAGAAAAAAAUGAAAAACAGAAUGAGCUAAAGGAGGAGCAGAUGAAAUCCCAGCAGAGGAUCCAGGAGAAGCAGAAGGAGGUGCAGGAGCUGAAACAGACUGUGGACACUAUUAAGAUGCAUUAUCAGUCAGCAGUCAAUGACAGUGAGAGGAUCUUUACUGAGAUGAUCAGCUCCAUGGAGAAAAAGCGCUCGGAGGUGACGGAGCUGAUCAGAGCUCAGGAGAAAGCUGAACUGAGUCGAGCUGAGCGACUCCUGAAGCAACUGGAGCAGGAGAUUGCUGAUCUUCAGAGGAGAGUCACUGAGCUGGAGCAGCUUUCACAUACACACGAUCACAUCCACUUCCUCCAGAGUUUCCCGUCUCUCUGUGUUUCUCCUGGAUGUGACGACUCACCCAGCUUCACUGUCAAUCAACAUCUCUCAUUUGAUGGAGUGAGGAAAUCUCUCUCAGAUCUGAAAAAACGAGUCGAGGAAAUCUGUGAGGAGGAAUUCAGCGUAAUACAUCCACAAGCUGCAGCAGUUCACAUGAUUUUACCCUCAAAACCAAAGAGCAGAGAAGAUUUUCUGCAGUAUUUCUGUUAUCUGACUCUGGAUCCAAACACAGUAAAUCCUGAACUCAUUCUGUCUGAGAAGAACAGAGCGGUGACACACAGUGAGACAGAACAGCGAUACUCUGAUCAUCCAGAGAGAUUUGACUCCUGGCCUCAGGUGUUGUGUAAGGAGAGUGUGUGUGGAUGCUGUUACUGGGAGGUGGAGCGGAGGGGUGAUGUGGACAUAUCAGUCUCAUAUAAAGAGAUCAGCAGGAAGGGAGAGGGUAAUGAGUGUGGGUUUGGAUGCAACAGUCAGUCCUGGAGUCUGGAGUGUUUUCCUUCCUCUGUCUGUUUCCGACACAACGACAUUAAGACUGAUCUCCGAGGUCCAUCAUCCUCCAGAAUAGGAGUGUAUGUGGAUCACAGUGCAGGAACUCUGUCCUUCUACAGCGUCUCUGACCCGAUGAGGCUCCUCCACAGAGUCCACACCACAUUCACUCAGCCUCUAUACGCUGGGUUCUGGAUUGGUUCUGAUUCAACUGUGAGGUUUUGUGAUCCGAUGAAAAAAUGAAAUGUUGGUAAAAGUUGAAAUGUUUAGUAAAAUUAUAACUGAAGUGUCAGAUUGAAUUUCUCCUUGAAAUACAAAGACACUUUUGUAUGCAGAAACUGUGGCACUAAUGAAUUAUUAUUUUCAGAGUGCGUCUGUUUUAUAGAUUAAUAAUAAAUACGUUCCAUAAAAAUGUCUUAAUGUAGGAUGUUUCUAGAAAAAAAACAAAUGUUUUCAAAAAGACUUUUAAAUGUAUGCACUGUUAUGAGAUUUAUUACACUGAUAUGAAAAUUUAGAAUGUCUCAAAUUCUGUUUUUUCUUUGGCAAAAUCUGUUUCUUCAGAAAGGCAGCACGGUGGUGUAGUGGUUAACGCUGCUGCCUCACAGCAAGAAGGUUCUGGGUUCAAGCCCAGCGGCUGGUGAGGGCCUUUCUGUGCGGAGUUUGCAUGUUCUCCCCGUGUCCACGUGGGUUUCCUCCGGGUGCUCCGGUUUCUCCCACAGUCCAAAGACAUGCAGGUUAGGUUAACUGGUGACUCUAAAUUGACCGUAGGUGUGAAUGUGAGUGUGAAUGGUUGUGUGUGUCUAUGUGUCAGCCCUGUGAUGACCUGGCGACUUGUCCAGGGUGUACCCCGCCUUUCGCCCGUAGUCAGCUGGGAUAGGCUCCAGCUUGCCUGCGACCCUGUAGAACAGGAUAAAGCGGCUAGAGAUAAUGAGAUGGGAUGAGAUGUUUCUUCAGAAAUAAAACUUCCUCAAACUACUGUGUCUUUCUGUCCUGCUGCUGGUGGAAACACCCUACUGUGUGUAAGAACAUUUUUUUUUUAACAAUUUUGUGUCUUGAACCAUUUUCUGUUCAAAAAAUGCACUCAAUUUAUUCAGACCCCUUCAAAAAAUAAUAUUUAAAGUAUAAAAUAGGGAAUAAAUACAGAGUGAUUUUGCAGGUUUUGGAAUCUAUCCAUAUAAAGAUUAUUUACAAAGCAUUGUUGUCAGUUUUAAUUUCAACAUACAAUGUCACCCUCUAAAUUGACCGUAGGUGUGAAUGUGAGUGUGAAUGGUUGUCUGUGUCUAUGUGUCAGCCCUGUGAUGACCUGGCGACUUGUCCAGGGUGUACCCCGCCUUUCACCCGUAGUCAGCUGGGAUAGGCUCCAGCUUGCCUGCGACCCUGUAGAAGGAUAAAGCGGCUAGAGAUAAUGAGAUGAGAUGAGAUACAAUGUCACCCUUUUUCUGAUUUGGGGCUGUUUUUCCUCUCGGAUGCCUGAAUUAGUGUCAGUGAUCCCCCCCCCCCCCCCCCCCCGUUCUAAACUCAUUUGUUGUAGUUUAUUGUACUUUAAAACUAACAGAUGAUGCAAUCAAUUAAAACAAUAAAAGAAUGUUAAGUUUAA